CCUGCUCUAUCCGGGCGUAGCUGCCCAGCUCACCCUCGGGGAAAUUCACCUCCCUCCUCCUGCCCCUCUCCUCCACCCACCCAAAACCCCACUCUCUCCCGGGUAAAUGGGACCGCCUGAUCCCCCUCCCCACUACACCAGGGCUCAUAAUAGGAAUUAAGGAAGACGGCUCUUCCCAUAUCCUCUCCGCUCGGCCAGACGGAACGCUGGCAGAGGAGUGGGAGUACGCCGACUCUUGCCGCUCGGCACUCUAUACGUAUCUUUGCGGGCGCUGUGGACCGUUUGGGAGGGAAACACGUAGCGAGGGUGUACUGGACGCAUACGCUCGGUUUGGCUAGCAUCCAUCUCUGGAGCGAGACGGGAAAGGGAGGGAUGGUAUCGGGCUUUACCUUUUCGUUUGAUACCAAGACUCAUGGGGUUAUGUCUUCUGUAGCGCUAGAAGUCGCCUUCUCCCCCUUCCAACCACUGAAACCUAUACCCCGGUUCCUACUCCUCACUUCUACAGGGGCGGUCCAGCUGUGGCAAUCGGACGUGCUCCAGUGGACGAGGGAGGAGGGACUGGCGGAUCUGGUUGGGGGGGUGGCCUGGGCCGAUAGGGGAGGGAUGGCGGGAGGCGCUGGGGGUCCGGGUAUGGGGAUGGGAGACAGAGCCGUGGGGGACGCACCGGAGGGGUUGGGGGAGAAGUGGGUUCGUCAGCUGGGCUCUGUCUGGAAACUCCCAGGAUACGCAAUCUCCUUCCUCCUCCGGUUCUCCGACUCCCUCUCCCUCUUCCCUCCCUCAGCCAGCUCCACCUUCCAGCAAUCAGCGCUCAACAAGCUCGCUCUCGUCGCUUCCUCUUCCGGCAAGGUGUAUGCGCUCGAGACGUCUCCUUCGGCACAGGGCGGGGUGUUGUGCUCCCGUAUCCUCGGGGUGAGCGGGGCGCCGCACGGGGUGGGAAGGGUAGACGUACAGCGGGUGUUGGCAGUUCAGGCCGUGGCAUGGGUCGUCCUCGGCCAGAGGUGGGACGAACAUAGCUUCAAAACCGCCGUGUGGAGUAUCGACCCCCUUACCGGGACGAUCCACCCUCCUCCGGGGAGGGAAGGCACUACCCCAGGGCUGACGCUCUUCGACGGACCGAUGGAGGCGGCAAAUCAUAACGAGACAGUGGUCAUCGUCUCCCAAUCCGGAGAGGUGCACCUCUUCCCCGAAAAGGAUUCGCGCUCUGCUUCCCUGGUGAAGAGGGACGGGCUCUACUUCUCCCUCCCGCUCCGUACGGGCGACGUUUCCCUGGACCAGGCGGCACUGCAGGGUUUUACGCUCAUCCCCACUCCCGGGGGCAUGUCCUCCAUCCCGACGUUCCGAACCUAUCUGACUCCUUCCCCUAAAUCCGAGCUUCUGGAGCUUAUCCGUCCUCCCCUAGGCCCAGUCGCCUCCCUCGGCCGUGUCCUAGGAUCGAAACAGACUCUAUACAAGUAUCUUAACCCGCACCUCAUCCUCGCUCUCACGCAGUACCCCACGCCUGCGGGAGAAACCCGCUGCGGGAUCCAUCUUGUAGACCAAUGCGAUAUCCGACCGGUGAUGGUGGAGAAUUGGCUUGUGUGGCAGUUCUGGAACGAUGGGGAUUCGGGCGUCUCACAGGGGGAGCAGGGGGGGAUGAGGACUAAGGGCUGGAGAGUGGUCGUCGUUGAGCUGUACGAGGGAGAGCCGGACGAGCUCACACGCAGCGCGCAACUUUCGAGCUUUGCGAGUAACGCCUCGCGUGUGCAUGCAUUCCCCUAUGCGCUCCUCGACCCCCGUCGGCCAACGGGCAAGCUCACCUCAUCGCAAAAAGAAAAGCUCCUAAUCCCGUUCAACUCUGUCAUAACCGACGAUCCGCGCCGGACUGUUUCCCAAAACCUGCACAUAAUGGGCAUCAGCAGCCUGUCCACUAUACCCACGGCGCUGGAAUCCACUUCUCUCCUACUCGCCUCCUGCUUGGACGUCUUCCUUGCUCGACUCGCACCGUCUAGCGGGUUUGACAUCCUCGGUGAGAACUUUAAUAAGACUCAGCUGAUACUUACCGUGCUUGGCUUGCUUGUCGCUAUAGGUAUCGUGAGACCUAUCGUCGAAAGCGAAAAGGUGCGCCAGAGAUGGUACGCUACCAACUAG